UUUCGUUGGCUGAACAUCAUCACGUGACGCCAACGUCCGGCCUUAAAAUAUAUUUUCCUGUCCAAGAAACGUGAAUUUGAGAUAAACAAACGUUAUAUUUUAUUUAGCUAAGAAACGUUCGAAUGUAGGUGGUGGUAGCCACAUACAUUUUACCAUGGUGAAAUGCGUGGUCCAGGGGUGUCCUAAUCGAAGUGACACGAAUAAAGGAGCGUUUCCGAAUCGUCCUUUCAAGAGGUUUUUCAAUUUUCCUAAUGACCAGGCUCGGGUGAAAGUGUGGCUUGCCGCACUGCGAGAGACGGAGAAGGAGGAUUCAACAGAGGAACACAGAAUAUGUGAAGACCACUUUCUGACAGACCACAUAACACCACGCGGAAUAAGCGAGGAUGCCAUUCCUAUCAUGCCCCCGUACCUCGACGGGCCACUGAGUCUGAUCAGCCCGUGGGGCGAGGACUCUUCUGACGAAGAGGAAUUCGUGGAUGAUGAUGAUGCUUCGGCUAUGCACAAUGACGAGGUUGAAGAAGAAUAUGAUGAGAGUCAGGCCGAGACAGAACCAUCUGCAUCUCGGUUCCGUGAACUGGUUGAAGGCACCAAGACAAAGACAAGACAAGUUAGUCCUUCCACUGAACCCAAGCCAGUGUUACCGGACACCAGUAAGGGAUUUGUCCGCCAGGAUCUAUCCCUGGCUCUGUUGACCAAGAAGUUCCUAAGGCUGAUGAGUGGCGCCCCUCAUGGUAUCAUGGACCUCAACCUCGCAGCACAGAACCUCCACACACGCAAACGGAGGGUAUAUGACAUCACCAACUGCCUGGAGGGGAUCAAGCUCAUCCAGAAACAAUCGGCCAACAAGAUCAAGUGGAUAGGUCUGUGUCCAGUCACCAGUUUUGUUGGGCCGAAGCAGAGGCUUCAGCGGGAGCUGCAGAACCUGAAGACGGUGGAGGAGAGUCUGGAUGCGCUCAUCAAGACCUGUGCCCAGCAGCUCUUUGACAUGACCGACAGUUUGGACAACAUAGAAUUAGCCUACGUGACCCACAGUGACAUCAGUGGUAUCAAGGUGUUCCAGGAACAGACGGUCGUUGCCAUCAAGGCCCCGGAAGAGACCAAGCUGGAGGUGCCAACACCCAAGGAGGACGUUAUCCAAAUCCACCUGAAGGGAGGCAGGGGACCAAUCAAAGUGCUGACCUGUGAGAUGGACGGGCCUCAACGUGCCACGCAGGGAAGUGGAAAGACAACAGGCUUUCUAUCACUGGAGGAGAGCAGAAUUAAGACCAUGCUUCUGCACACAGGUAACAGCACAGGGGCCUCUGCAUCACAGAAUGCUGUACAGAGUGGAUAGUCUGUCGUUAUGGUAGUAUGUUGCACUGUCACAUUUUCCUCAUUGGACUCCACAUUCUGACAUUGUCACUUUGGGAAGAGGCCAUUUUUGUCAUUUUUUAAAUAUAGUUUUCUGUGUAAAAUGCCAACGAUUCCUUGUAUGACUUGAUUGUAAAAAGGGCACAUAAGUCAUGAAAUCACAAGCUUUAUUUUUGUACAUGUAGUUUUGAGUUUAGUAAAGUGGUUGCAGUACACAACUGUAUUACUGUACUUUUCAAUCAUCUUAAAAUGUGUGCAAAAUGGUGGACAGUAUCAAUGUGACAGCUGUAGUCAUUAGAAAGUAACAAAUGUUCAUGUACAUAAAGUUUAAUUUUCGAAGCAGUUUCAUCAUGUACCCUGGUGGAUUGGAACAUGUGUAUGUUCUUUGCUUAUAUGUUUUUCAUCUAACUAUUCUGAAUGCCCUAUUAAAAGUUGUUUGUCUUUCUGUUUUUUUUUUAUUAUCUGUUAUUACUAAUUAAGAAAACACUUCCAAUGCAUCCUCCUAUGAAUAAACUCACUUGUAUAUAAAAACAAA